GGUCUGUCCGUGGCGCUGGCCUGCGGGUCUCGCGAGAGCUGCUCCUCCGCCUCCCUCCCCGCUCCCACCUCCGCCACUUCCACCGCGACGGCUCCAGAAGGUGACCGGCUGCGAGGCGGCGCGGGCGGGCCGGCGGCAGAGCGGUGGCGCGGGCGACCAUGGAGCCUCCGCCGCCUCCUCUGGCGGCUGCCGCCCAGGCGGAGGUGAAGGGCGGCGGGUGCCAGGCGGACCCCGAAGGGCUGGCCAGGGUGUGCGACCUGCUUCUCCUCAGCGGCGAGGCGCCACCGCCGCCGCCGCCUCCUCACGGGCAGCAGCCGCCUCAGCCGCCGCCGGCCAAGCGGAGCUGGACCCGGCGUCGUCGGAGGCAGCAGCCGCCGCCGCCUCAGCCGCAACCGCCGGGCGGGGAAAGCGGCGGCGUCGGCGGCCACAGCAGCAGCAGCGAGAGCAGCGAGGAAGAGGAGGAGGACGACGACGACGAGGAGGAGGAAGAUGAGGAGGAGGAGGAAGAGGAAGACGACGAGGACGACGACGAGGAAGAGGAGGAGGAGGAGGAGGAAGUGUCUGAGGUGGAGUCCUUUAUUUUGGAUCAGGAUGACCUGGAAAAUCCAAUGCUGGAGACAGCUUCAAAAUUGCUGCUGUCGAGUACUGCUGAUGGUGCUGAUCUAAGAACAGUAGAUCCAGAAACCCAAGCUAGGUUAGAAGCUUUACUAGAAGCUGCUGGAAUAGGUAAAUUAUCCACAGCCGAUGGAAAAGCCUUUGCAGAUCCCGAGGUGCUUCGCAGAUUGACGUCUUCGGUCAGCUGUGCGUUAGAUGAGGCUGCUGCUGCACUCACCCGAAUGAGAGCUGAAAGUACAGCAAAUUCAGGGCAGAUGGACAACCGCAGCUUGGCAGAAGCUUGUUCAGAAGGUGAUGUAAAUGCUGUGCGAAAAUUGCUAAUUGAAGGGCGAAGUGUGAAUGAGCACACUGAAGAAGGGGAAAGUCUUCUUUGCUUGGCUUGCUCAGCUGGAUAUUAUGAACUUGCUCAGGUUCUCCUGGCAAUGCAUGCAAAUGUUGAAGACAGAGGCAUCAAAGGAGAUGUAACACCUUUAAUGGCUGCUGCUAAUGGAGGACAUGUCAAAAUGGUCAAAUUGCUGCUAGCUCAUGGCGCUGACGUGAAUGCACAGUCUUCAACAGGGAACACGGCACUCACGUAUGCCUGCGCUGGAGGCUAUGUAGAUGUGGUCAAGGCCCUGUUGGAGUCGGGUGCUAGUAUUGAGGACCAUAACGAAAAUGGCCAUACUCCUCUCAUGGAAGCCGGGAGCGCUGGGCAUGUGGAAGUUGCCAGAGUUCUGCUGGAAAACGGAGCUGGAAUCAAUACGCAUUCCAAUGAAUUUAAGGAAAGUGCACUAACACUGGCUUGCUAUAAAGGUCAUUUAGAAAUGGUGAAAUUUUUGCUGGAAGCAGGUGCAGACCAGGAGCAUAAAACAGAUGAAAUGCACACUGCAUUAAUGGAGGCAUGCAUGGAUGGGCAUGUGGAAGUUGCAAGGCUGCUCCUUGAUAGUGGUGCCCAAGUGAACAUGCCUGCUGACUCCUUCGAGUCUCCAUUAACUCUGGCAGCCUGUGGUGGACACGUAGAGCUGGCUGCCUUAUUAAUAGAGCGAGGGGCCAACCUGGAAGAGGUGAACGAUGAAGGCUACACGCCAUUGAUGGAAGCAGCCCGAGAGGGUCAUGAGGAGAUGGUGGCAUUACUCCUAGGUCAAGGAGCCAACAUCAACGCCCAAACAGAAGAGACCCAAGAAACUGCCUUAACUUUAGCAUGCUGUGGAGGCUUUCUGGAAGUGGCUGAUUUUCUUAUCAAAGCGGGAGCUGAUAUAGAGCUUGGCUGCUCAACGCCUUUGAUGGAAGCUGCUCAGGAGGGUCACUUGGAGCUAGUUAAAUACUUACUAGCUGCAGGAGCCAAUGUUCAUGCAACAACAGCAACAGGAGACACAGCGCUGACAUACGCCUGUGAGAAUGGCCAUACCGAUGUAGCAGAUGUGUUGCUUCAAGCAGACGCUGAUCUGGAACAUGAAUCUGAAGGGGGAAGAACUCCUUUAAUGAAAGCUGCAAGAGCCGGUCAUGUCUGUACUGUUCAGUUCUUAAUUAGCAAGGGAGCAAAUGUGAACAGGACCACAGCUAACAAUGAUCAUACAGUAUUGUCGCUUGCCUGUGCUGGAGGCCACCUGUCGGUUGUGGAGUUGCUGUUAGCUCAUGGAGCUGAUCCUACGCACAGACUGAAGGAUGGUUCAACCAUGCUAAUAGAAGCCGCUAAGGGUGGUCAUACCAGUGUGGUUUGUUACCUGUUGGACUACCCUAACAAUCUGCUUUCUGCUCCUCCGCCCGAGUCCACCCAGCUGACUCCUCCAUCUCACGAUUUAAAUAGGGCUCCUCGUGUGCCAGUGCAGGCACUUCCCAUGGUCGUCCCUCCCCAAGAGCCUGACAAACCCCCUGCCAACGUCGCCACAACCCUUCCCAUCAGAAAUAAAGCCACUUCCAAACAAAAGUCCAGCAACCAUUUGCAACCAAACAGCCCAGAUGUACAAGGUUACAUCGCCAAUCAGUCUCCAGAGAGUAUUGUUGAGGAGGCUCAGGGCAAGCUGACAGAGUUGGAGCAAAGGAUAAAGGAGGCCAUAGAGAAGAACGCUCAGCUGCAGUCUUUGGAAUUGGCCCACGCCGACCAGCUGACCAAGGAGAAGAUUGAGGAGCUGAACAAAACGAGAGAGGAGCAAAUUCAGAAGAAGCAAAAGAUCUUGGAGGAGCUGCAGAAAGUCGAGCGGGAACUGCAGCUGAAAACCCAGCAGCAACUGAAAAAGCAAUACCUGGAGGUUAAAGCGCAGAGAAUUCAACUUCAGCAGCAGCAGCAGCAGCAACAGUCGUGUCAGCACUUAGGACUUCUGACUCCCGUCGGAGUAGCAGAGCAGCUGACCGAGGGAGACUAUGCACGCUUGCAACAGGUGGACCCGUACUUGCUCAAAGACGAUCCCCAGCAAACGGCGGCCCAGAUGGGCUUCGCUCCAAUCCAGCCCCUUGCAAUGCCUCAAGCUUUGCCUCUUUCUGCGGGUUCCUUACCUCCAGGGUCUAUUGCAAAUCUUACAGAACUGCAAGGUGUCAUAGUUGGACAGCCAGUACUGGGCCAAGCACAACUUACAGGGCUGGGGCAAGGAAUUCUGACAGACGCACAGCAGGGGUUAAUGGUAGCCAGCCCUGCCCAGACCCUCAAUGACACACUGGAUGACAUCAUGGCAGCAGUGAGCGGAAGAGCGUCUGCGGUGUCCAACACCCCUACCCACAGCAUCGCGACGUCUGUCUCCCAGCCUCAGACACCAGCUCCGAGCCCUAUCAUUUCUCCCUCAGCCAUGCUACCAGUCUACCCUGCCAUAGAUAUUGAUGCGCAGACUGAAAGUAACCACGACACUGCGUUGACCCUUGCAUGUGCUGGUGGACAUGAGGAGCUGGUGCAAACGCUCCUAGAGCGGGGAGCUAAUAUUGAGCACAGGGACAAAAAAGGAUUUACCCCCCUUAUUUUGGCUGCUACAGCUGGUCAUGUCGGUGUUGUUGAGAUCUUGCUGGAUAAUGGUGCAGAUAUUGAAGCUCAGUCUGAGAGAACCAAGGACACCCCAUUAUCUUUAGCUUGUUCUGGAGGAAGACAGGAGGUGGUGGAGCUUCUGUUAGCUAGAGGGGCAAAUAAAGAGCACAGAAAUGUUUCUGACUACACCCCUUUAAGCUUAGCUGCUUCUGGUGGUUAUGUGAACAUCAUCAAAAUACUGUUGAAUGCCGGUGCAGAGAUCAAUUCAAGAACUGGUAGCAAGCUGGGCAUCUCUCCAUUAAUGUUGGCAGCCAUGAAUGGUCAUACUGCUGCUGUUAAGCUGCUGUUGGACAUGGGUUCUGAUAUUAAUGCACAGAUAGAGACCAAUAGGAAUACUGCCCUGACACUGGCCUGUUUCCAAGGAAGAACCGAAGUGGUUAGCCUUCUCCUCGAUAGAAAAGCUAAUGUUGAGCACAGAGCUAAGACCGGCCUGACACCCCUAAUGGAAGCUGCCUCUGGUGGAUAUGCGGAAGUAGGCAGAGUUCUUCUAGACAAAGGUGCAGAUGUAAACGCUCCGCCAGUCCCUUCUUCAAGAGACACAGCUCUGACCAUUGCAGCAGACAAAGGGCAUUACAAGUUCUGUGAGCUGCUUAUUAGCAGGGGAGCUCACAUCGAUGUCCGGAACAAAAAAGGAAAUACUCCAUUAUGGCUUGCUGCAAACGGUGGUCAUUUAGAUGUUGUCCAGUUGCUAGUGCAGGCCGGAGCAGAUGUAGAUGCUGCUGAUAACAGAAAGAUAACUCCGCUCAUGGCAGCCUUUCGAAAGGGUCAUGUGAAAGUCGUACGCUACCUGGUAAAAGAAGUCAACCAGUUCCCAUCAGAUUCAGAAUGUAUGAGAUACAUAGCAACAGUUACUGACAAGGAAAUGCUGAAGAAGUGCCACCUCUGUAUAGAAUCAAUUGUUCAAGCCAAAGACAGGCAGGCUGCUGAAGCAAACAAGAAUGCAAGCAUUCUUUUAGAGGAGUUGGAUUUGGAGAAGCUACGGGAAGAAAGCAGAAGGCUGGCAUUAGCUGCUAAAAGAGAGAAAAGGAAGGAGAAGAGAAGGAAGAAAAAGGAAGAGCAAAGGAGGAAGCUGGAAGAAAUAGAGGCAAAAAACAAAGAGAAUUUUGAACUGCAAGCUGCUCAAGAAAAGGAAAAACUAAAAGCUGAAGAUGAGCCAGGGAUCCUAACAGAACCACCCAGUGCUACCACAACGACCACCAUAGGUAUAUCUGCAACAUGGACAACUUUGGCAGGUUCCCAUGGCAAAAGAAACAAUACUGUCACUACGAGCAGCUCUAAGAGGAAAAGCAGGAGAAACAAAAUUGGCCAAGAUACUGUUCAGAUCAUCUUUGAUGAUCAGCUCCCCAUCUCCUAUUCUCAACCAGAGAAAAUAAAUGGUGAAUCCAAAAGCAGCAGUACCAGUGAAAGUGGUGAUAGUGACAACAUGAGGAUCUCCAGCUGUAGUGAUGAAAGCAGCAAUAGUAACAGCAGCCACAAGAGUGACAGUCUUUCUUCCACAGCAGUCACUAAUGCUCAGAGCAACAAGAAGCAGCCAUCGGUGCUGGUCACUUUCCCAAAAGAAGAGCGAAAAGCAGUUUCUGGGAAAUCUUCAGUCAAGUUGUCAGAAGUUAUUAGCGAAGUAACUGGCAAUUCCUUAUCUACUUGCACAAAACCUUCUCCAUCGCCACUGUCUUCUCCUAAUGGAAAAUUGACCUUAGCUAGCCCUAAACGUGGUCAGAAGAGGGAGGAAGGAUGGAAGGAGGUUGUAAGAAGAUCAAAGAAGGUUUCUGUUCCAUCAACUGUCAUUUCCAGAGUAAUUGGAAGAGGCGGUUGCAACAUCAAUGCUAUCCGAGAGUUUACUGGCGCGCAUAUAGACAUUGAUAAGCAGAAAGACAAAACAGGGGACAGAAUCAUAACAAUAAGGGGAGGCACGGAAUCAACAAGACAAGCAACACAGCUCAUCAACGCUCUGAUCAAGGAUCCCGACAAAGAAAUCGACGAACUCAUUCCAAAGAACCGUUUGAGAAGCUCCGCGGCCUAUCCCAAAACAGGGGCGCACGCCAGCCCCACGACUACCCACAAUUCCGUUGCUGGGAGCAAGGUGACCACUGUCGCAAUCUCCUCCUCGUCUCAGAUGGCCACAGCGCUUUCCGUGCCUGUCCUCCCUUCAGCACCGACGCAUAAAGCAGUCAAGAACCCGGUGAAUAACGUGCGGCCUGGGUUUCCAGUUUCUCUGCCGCUGGCCUACCCUCCUCCCCAGUUUGCACACGCGCUGCUGGCUGCUCAGACUUUCCAGCAGAUCCGUCCGCCGAGGUUACCCAUGACCCACUUUGGAGGGACUUUCCCGCCUGCUCAGUCCACCUGGGGUCCUUUCCCCGUUCGGCCCCUGAGCCCCGCAAAAGCUACUAACUCACCUAAGCCUCACACGGUGCCUCGCCAUAACAAUCAGAACAGCAGUGGUUCUCAGGUGAAUUCGGCGGGUUCGUCGGCUCCCAGCCCAACAGCCACCACAAGUCCUGCCGUGUCUGCUGUGCCUGUUCCUCCUGCAAAUGGCAGCCCCAGCUCCCCUUCCGUCCGAAGGCAGCUCUUUGUCACCGUGGUCAAGACAUCCAGCACCACCACUACCACCAUUGCAACCACGGCCAGCAACAACAGCACAACGCCCACCAACGCCACAUACCCUUUCCCCACUGCCAAAGAGCACCAUCCUGUGUCGUCCGCUUCCUCCCCUUCACCGCCAGCCCAGCCAGCCCGGGUUUCCAGAAGCAGUCCUUCAGAAUGUGUCGCGAGUUCUCCGAGCAAAGGGGUGCCCUCCUCGGACCAGGAAGUCAGUAGCCCCCCAGCAGCGGAAGCAGCAAAUCUGACCAGCAACAGGCAGGCGAAUAGCGCCUCUGCUGGGAUUCCAUCGGAGCAUCUUGCUCAGCCGCAGACGCUCGGGUCUGUUUCCCAGGAAGCAAGGCCACCUCUGCAGCAGCCUCAGGUUCCGUCACAAGAUCCGCGAAUGGCCGUGCCUCCAAACUUAGCAACUGCGAGUUCCGCUGCCCCGGUAGUUGCGCCUGCUAGUACGCCAGCAAACUAUCUCUUGCCUCAGGCAUCGGCGGGAUCUGCUCAGCCGUCUCCCCCAGCUAAAAUGGAAAGCCCCGCGAUCAGGCUGCCAUCCCAUGGGGCGAACCCCGUGCACAAGAAUUCCGCUCCCGUUCAGAGUUCUUCAGUUGCCGUCCUCAAUAUCAGCCACAUCAAAAGACCCCACAGUGUUCCUUCUUCAGUGCAACUUCCUUCUACCUUAAGUACGCAAAGUGUCUCUCAGAAUUCUGUCCAUCCGGCAAACAAGCCCAUGGCUCCAAAUUUCAGCGCUGCUUUGCCGUUUGGGCCCUUCAGCACACUGUUUGAGAACGGCCCGGCCUCUGCUCACGCCUUCUGGGGUGGAUCGGUCUUGUCGUCUCAGGCAGCGCCGGAAUCCAUUAUGUCUGUGAAGUCUUCAUUUCUGCCAAACUCGGAUCCAUUGCACCAGUUAGAUACUUCCAAAGCCCCAGGUUUUAGGCCCCCACUUCAGAGACCAGCUCCGAGUCCCUCAGGUAUUGUCAGUAUGGAUUCACCAUAUGGUUCUGUAACACCACCUUCUGCGCACUUGGGUACCUUUGCCUCGAACCUUUCAAGCAGUCAAGUAUAUGCACCAGGAACAGCCCUUGGGGGAGCACCGGCAGCUGCUAAUUUUAACAGACAGCAUUUUUCUCCACUGAACCUAUUGCCUCCAUGUUCCUCUGCAUCAAAUGAACCACCUGCUCAGCCAGUGUCUGCUGGAGUUCGAGCACCAUCUCCAACCCCUUCGUCUGUUUCCCUGGGGUCAGAAAAACCCAGCAAUGUCUCUCAGGACAGAAAGGUCCCUGUCCCAAUUGGAACAGAGCGUUCUGCGCGUAUCAGACAAACUGGAACGUCUACACCCUCUGUUAUAGGGAGCAACUUGGCCACUCCGGUGGGGCACAGUGGUAUAUGGUCUUUUGAAGGAAUAGGAGGAAACCAAGCUGACAAAGUAGAUUGGUGUCACAGUGGAAUGGGGAACCAUAUGAUUCACAGACCAAUGUCUGAUCCAGGUGUAUUCUCACAACAUCAAACAAUGGAGAGAGACAGCACAGGAAUUGUAACUCCUUCCGGUACAUUCCAUCAGCAUGUCCCCGCUGGAUACAUGGACUUCCCUAAAGUUGGGGGCAUGCCUUUCUCAGUGUAUGGGAACGCAAUGAUUCCUCCUGUCGCACCCAUUGCAGAUGGUACUGGGGGGCCUAUAUUCAAUGGAGCUCAUGCUGCUGACCCCUCUUGGAACUCCCUUAUAAAGAUGGUUUCAAAUUCCACAGAGAAUAAUGGCCCUCAGACGGUAUGGACUGGAACAUGGACACCCCAUAUGAACAGUGUGCAUAUGAACCAGCUGGGUUGAGCAGGGGAGGUCUCUUCAGAUGGCCCGGAGAUUUCCUUUCGGCUUGGAGGAGAAUGCAAAUGGCAGCACCGUUUUCCUCGUCUCUCAGAUCAUUCUUCUGAUAGGUUGGACUGAUGUAGGCUUUUGCAGAGGAGCGUACUAACUGACCCUUUUCUGUGAACAUUGUGACUGCCCAUUCCCUGCCGCCAUAUGGUUCCACUUAGCCUCUCUUAGUUUCAUUUUUCUUUCCCCUUUGAUUAUUAUUAAUUUUGGGGACAUAACUUUCUGUUGAAGCUGUUCUUUGGCUGGUUGGUUUUUAGUACUGUAAGCUGCUUCUGGGCAUACACAGAAAUUUAGCAAAAUUAUGUAAACUUGAUCCCGAAGUUUUAGAAUGGCAAAUAAAUGUACAAUUGUUUACAUAACAGAAAUGGCUACGCAGAAAGUAAAUUUUUUCAGUAUGUCAGGCUCUACUUAAUGUGACAGAUGUAUCUACAUAUACAGCAGUCUGGAUGUUUCCUUCAUACAUUAAACUAUUAAUAAGCAUAA